AAAGCCAGAUCAGCUAUGUGCUUGCAGCAAACUUCGGGCAUUGCCUUUAACCCAAAUAAAAACAAUAAACCAAUUCAAAGAGCAGAGAUGGUGGGUGUGCUGUCAGAUUCUGAUAGUGAGGAUGAGUUACCACCUGGUUGGGAGGAGCGGGCGACAUUAGACGGCAACGUUUAUUACGUGAAUCACUAUACCAAGGGCACUCAAUGGACACACCCUCGUACCGGACGAAAAAAAAUUGUUGAAGGAGAGUUACCUUCCGGAUGGGAGAAGUGUAUUUCUGAUGAUGGAAAAGUUCUAUUCGUAGACCACGUACAUCGUACCACUACCUAUACAGAUCCUCGUUUAGCAUUUGCCACAGAGUAUAGAGAAAUGUCCCAGCCAAUUCGUCAGAGAUUCGAUGCCAGCAGUACAGCUUUAUCUGUCCUCCACGGCAGAGAUCUCAAAGGCAAAGUGGCACUCAUCACUGGUGCUAAUACUGGGAUAGGAUUUGAAACUGCCAGGUCAUUGGCAUUGCAUGGCUGCAAAGUUAUACUGGCAUGCAGAAAUUUGGAUAAAGGUCGAGAAGCUAUGGACAAGAUCAUAAAUGAAAAAGAAAGUAAUCAGUGUGAAUUGUUGCAACUGGAUUUAGAUUCUUUCGAAAGUGUUGCUAAUGCAGCUUCUAAACUAAAACUAGAAUACUUAAACCUUGACAUACUCAUUCUUAACGCUGGAAUUUUUGGCGUACCACACGCGUUGAGUACAGAGGGUUAUGAAACGACGUUUCAAACGAAUCAUUUAUCUCAAUUUUACUUGACCAUGCUGCUCGAGCCACUUAUACGCAAUACAAAAAAUGCUAGGGUCGUUAUUGUGUCCAGCGAAUCACACAGAUUUUCUUUCAUAAAAUCUAUUGAUGAUAUUCAUCCGUCAAUUUUGUCACCACCGCCGAGCAACUACUGGUCGUUUGCAGCUUACAAUAAUUCAAAACUUUGCAAUGUCCUAUUUGCCAUGGAAUUAGCUAAGCGGUGGUUGAACGUUGGUGUAUUUGCUUUGCAUCCUGGAAAUAUGGUAUACACGGAAAUAUCUAGAUACUGGUGGCCGUGGAGACUACUAUUUCUAUUGGGUCGUCCAUUUACUAAAUCACUGCAACAAGCUUCUAGUACAUCUGUAUUUUGUGCAAUCGCGCCAGAACUGGAAGGUGCAUCAGGGAUUUACUUCAACAAUUGUUAUCGCUGUGAGCCAUCAACUGCGGCUCAAGAUCCUGUGCUUGCUAAGAAAUUGUGGAGUGUCAGUGAAGAGAUGUUGAUUGACGUCCUUGGAAAAGAAAAGAUCGGGUAUUAUCCAGCAAAAACCAACGAAAAUGAGAAUUUCGGUGCAUGAUUUGUUCUACUGUACAUGUAAUUUUUUAUUCGACAACCCAUCUGUACGGAUAUAAUUAACUUUUAUAAAAUUCUUUCAAGUA